CAACCAGAUCAAAAUAUCAAACACCAUACAUUUGCAAAACACUUUGUGCUACCCAAAACGGUGAGUUUCUUUUCUUAGAUUUAUCAAACAAAAUUUUACGAGCAUGCAAUCUUCAAAUCCAAAUGCUCACGGCAAGUCGGUUCAGCACGUAACCCAGCAAGAAUGGUCAACUGGCUUCUGCGAUUGCUGCUCCGACGUCCCAAACUGUUGCCUUACGUGCUGGUGCCCGUGUGUUACGUUUGGACGAAUAGCUGAAAUCGUCGAUCGAGGAUCAACAUCAUGCGGAGCAAGUGGAGCUCUAUAUGUAAUACUAAGUGCCUUGACGGGGUGUGGAUGCUUGUAUUCUUACUGCUAUCGUACCAAGAUGAGAGAGCAGUAUAAUAUUGAAGGAAAUGAUUGUCAAGAUUGUUUGGCUCAUUUCUUUUGCGAGUUAUGUGCUCUCACCCAACAGUAUCGUGAACUUCAGAAUCGAGGAUAUAACAUGAUACUCGGAUGGAACGGAAAUGCGGAGCAACAGGGUCGUGGGGUGCCAAUGACUAGGCCUCCGGCGGUGGAAGGUGGCAUGACCAAAUAAAUAUGAAUCAAUUCAGAUUUUGAACUUAAAUUGUGUUGUUGAAGUUAAUCUUCUGGAAUUUCUGUUUGUUUGUUUGUUUUUUUUAAUUAUCAGAUUCUUACGUUGUUGAAAUUAAUCUUAUGGAAUUCCUAUUUGUUUAAUUUUAAAAUUUUUCAGUGUUGUCGAAGAUAUUUAUCUUCUUCUACAAAAUAAGAGUUUGUAAGAUUAAAAUUGAAGUUUGAGAAUGAGAUUUGAUAAUAAAAUCAUAGUUCGAGUGUUACCA